AUGGAGAAACGCUGCUGCAGGAUGAUGACUCUGUGUUUGAACUUUGCCAUCACCUGUUUGUGGCUCCUUCCCUGGACGGUGCAAGAGUCAUCCAAAGCUCUAGACCUAAAGAGCGAACGGUGGCGGGAGGGUGAAGCAGGAGGAGAAGAUGCGGACGGAGCAGCUUUGAAGGUUAAACACGUCUCCAAAGACUUACAGAUCAUUUCCACCAAACACAAAACCCCCAUGUACGGCUCGCUCGGUCCCUACGGCUGGCCUCAGAACUUCUCACAAGCCCCCGACCAGUUCCUGUACCGACCUCCUCCCAAAUCUAAGGUUCCUGCUAAAAGCUCCCCGAAGGCCAAGAAGAUCCUGGGCUGGGGGGACUUCUACUUCAAUGUGAAAACCAUGAAGUUCAGCCUCCUGGUGACGGGGAAAAUUGUAGACCACAUCAACGGAACGUUCAGCGUCUACUUCCGCCACAACUCAUCCCGUCUGGGGAACAUAUCCGUCAGCAUCGUCCCACCGUCCAAAGCUGUAGGGUGGGAGGUUCUGGACCGUCCAGCUCAGAGCAGCCAGGUCAAAAACUCAGUCCUGUUCCCAAAUUUGACAUCCCAGGUCUCCAGCCCCCCUCAGUCCACCAGCUCCGCUCCCCCCGAACAUCAAAAAUACCAGCGGGACGUGAUGAUGGUGACUGAGCUCAACUGCCGCAUUGAGUACCAGAGAACCAACCGGUCCAAGAAGACCAAGCCCUGCAUGUAUGACCCGGGACAGACCUGCUAUUCUGAAAACACACAGUCCCAAGCAGCCUGGAUCUGUGCCAAGCCCUUUAAGGUUAUCUGCAUCUUCAUCGCCUUCACGGGCACGGACUACAGGCUGGUGCAGAAAGUCUGUCCAGAUCACAACUUUCAGACAGAUCCAAACCAGCAGCACCUGGGAUGA